CCCUUCUCCCCCAGGGCUAGGACCACCGCGCUUGGCCCUCCGGUGCGAGACAAGGAACGCUUGCCCGGCCUGACAGCACCCCGCCCUCACACCCCACCCCUCCCCGCCGGAGGCGGACCCGGAGGCAGGACAUCGGGGCGCUGGGAGCCGCUGGGAGCCGGUAGGCCGCGCAGAGCGUUGAGCCUCCCCCGCGGCGGAUAGCUGCCUCGGCAGCGUCAGCGGUGAGCUUGAGCUCGGGCCCGCUUUCUGCGCGGUCCCCGGCCCCCUGUGUCCCCGUGUCCUCCGUCCCCCAUUCUGCCCCCCGCCUCCAUGGAGCAGCUGCUGCGCGCCGAGCUGCGCACAGCGACCCUGCGCGCUUUCGGGAGCCCGGGGGUCGGCUGCAUCAGCGAGGGGCGCGCCUACGACACAGAUGCCGGCCCCGUGUUUGUCAAGAUCAACCACAGGACGCUGGCCCGGCAGAUGUUUGAGGGGGAGAUGGCGAGCCUGGAGGCUCUUCAGAGCACUGGCCUGGUGCGGGUGCCUCGGCCCAUCAAGGUGAUUGACCUGCCUGGAGGUGGGGCUGCCUUUGUGAUGGAGCAUCUGAAGAUGAGGGGCCUGAGGAGUCAGGCAUCAAAACUUGGAGACCAGAUGGCAGAUUUGCACCUUUACAACCAGAAGCUCGGGGAGAAGCUGAGGGAGGAGGAGAACAGAGUGGGCCAGAGGGCUGAGGGUGCCGGGCCCCGGUAUGUGGCCAAGUUCGGCUUCCACACAGUGACCUGCUGCGGCUUCAUCCCGCAGGUGAACGAAUGGCAGGAUGACUGGCCAACCUUCUUCACCCGGCACCGGCUCCAAGCACAGCUGGACCUCAUUGAGAAGGAUUAUGCUGACCGAGAGGCACGGGAACUCUGGUCACAGCUACAGGUGAAGAUUCCGGAUUUGUUUUGUGGCCUGGAGAUUGUCCCUGCUCUUCUUCACGGGGAUCUAUGGUCGGGAAAUGUGGCAGAGGAUGACAGCGGGCCCAUUAUUUAUGACCCAGCCUCCUUCUACGGCCAUUCUGAGUUUGAACUGGCGAUUGCCUUGAUGUUCGGGGGGUUUCCCAGGCCCUUCUUCACCGCCUACCACCAGAAGGUCCCCAAGGCUCCAGGGUUCGACAGGCGGCUGCUGCUCUAUCAGCUCUUUAACUACCUGAACCACUGGAACCACUUCGGUAGGCAGUACAGGAGCCCAUCCCUGGGCACCAUGAGGAAGCUUCUCAAAUAGCAGCCCGCCUGUGUCCCCUGCCCAGCUGCUUGCCAAGGGACCAGGGUGGCCGCACCAAGGCAGUUUCAGGGACAAAUAAAGCCCGUGGGGGUGUCAGG